GCCACUCGUUCAGCAUUAAGCAAAACACAGACCAUGGCUCAUUUAGCUUCUCCUUCUCUCAGUUUCCCCAGAUCCAGGCCUUACCUGCUUCAGCCUUCCCGUUUUCCGCAGCUCCUCAACGCUUCUCUCCAGUUCCAACCAAGAGCUCGCGGACUUGCCAUCAUCGCUUGUCAAACCGAACCUCAUCUUACGGAGAAGCCGGUUGGUGACGCCGGUCCUGUUACUGAUCACUCAAGCGAGGCUUUAAGCUCAUCUGCUGAUUCUGGGUUUCCUGAAUUUCCAACCAAAGAUAUCAAUAGGCGAGUGGCUGUGGUGUCUAUCGUUGCGGCCGUAGGGUUUUUCUUGCGGAGAAGGCUUGAUUUUGGGGUUUCUUUGAAGGACUUGUCUGCUUCCGCAUUACCUUAUGAAGAGGCCCUGUCAAACGGGAAACCUACUGUUGUGGAAUUUUACGCAGAUUGGUGUGAAGUAUGUCGGGAAUUAGCUCCUGAUAUCUACAAAGUUGAGCAGCAGUACAAGGACCGAGUGAAUUUUGUCAUGCUUAAUGUGGAUAACACUAAGUGGGAACAGGAGCUAGAUGAGUUUGGUGUUGAGGGCAUUCCACAUUUUGCAUUCCUGGACAAAGAUGGGAAUGAGGAGGGUAAUGUUGUUGGAAGGUUUCCAAGGCAGUAUUUUCUUGAGAAUGUAGAUGCCCUUGCUCGUGGGCAGCUGUUGAUUCCCCAUACCCGUGUGUUGGGACAGUUUUCAAGUGCUGAAAACAGGAAGGUGCAUCAAGUUGUUGGCCCAAGAAGUCAUGGCAUAAUCUCUUGCUGCAGAUGAAAUAUAGCCAUACGAGACGUCAUGGCUCUUCAUUUGUUUGUGUGCCUGGGGUCUUUGGCAACCUUCUCAAUUCGCAGAAGCUGAUAGCAUUUUUCAAUAAGACUUUUUUUCCUUGUUUUCUACAACUGUCCCCAAUAUCAUAGCAAUUUGUUCAUAACAUCACUCAAUAAUACAUUGUCCUUCUGUUUUUUCAGUUAAUGGUACUCUGCUCUUAGCUCUUUGAAGUUAACUGCAUGUAAAAGGAAAUACUGGUAUGGUGCAUGCUGUUGAAGUGGGGUAUGAGCGAAAAGCAGAAGGGAACAAGAGGUGAAAAUUUGACAGGCCAGUGAUGGUUUGAAUUGAUGCUCCAAAUGAUCCGCUUAAACAGGGGGAUAUGUCCCUCUGUCCUGCCAAAUCUUUGUUCUGUAUUCCCUUUUCCACUCAACUUGAGCCCUGUUUGAAUAACUAUGUCGAUCACUGAAUCAAAUACAGGAAGAAUUAUACCAGGAAAUUAAGUUGUCCAUUUACCACAGUA